GCUCAUUGGAUGGUGUGUGUGUCAGCAUCAGCAUGUGUGUGUGUUAUUGGUUCAGAUGAAGUUCAGAGCAGAACCAGGAAGAGCGACACCAGCAGCACUGACACACAGCAGAACCUUCGACGCUUCACGCGGAUCGUGUGUUAGUAUUCUCAGGAAGCAUGUGAUGACCCAUGUUUGGAAAAAAAAGUUCCCUCACCAAGUAUCAUGGUGAGGGGCGGGGCCACAUAGAAAGGAGGUUACAUGGUGAAACUGUGGGUGGAGUCUGGCCUGCGUGUUUAUUGCGAGAAGGCAAGACAAAGGACAUGGCAAAAAAAGUCAAGCCAAAACGUUUAAUGAAAAUGGGUAAAACUAAGAAGGACAUAUCCAAGAGAAAGCUGAGAUCAGAGCGCUAUCGGAAGCUUUACCCAUUACGGCGAAGGGGCGGUGCUUCAAAGAACAAGGCUGUGAGUUGUCAUGUUCUGCUUACUCGUCUAGACGUUUGGGAAGAAGACAACAACAAGGGUAAGGCAGAUCAAAGCAGAGUUUCAGGGCACAAAACAAAAUCGAAGUCCAACAAGAAAGCAAAAAACAAGAGGGAAUCGCUGCAUGAAUCCACCAAAACUAUAAAAGAGUCCACCAUUGAUAAACCUUUAACUCAGGAGCCACGCAAACGUAGACUAGCCUCUCUCAACGCUGAGGCCGUCAACAGUCUGCUGCUUGAUAAAGCAGAUGGACCAUCUGGUGCCAAAUUUGCUAAGAAACAAGGAGAUGGUACCACUUCUGCAGAACAAUUAAAGACUUGCCCGAACUCAAAAAAGGCCUCGCAAGCUUCUGAGUCUGAGACAUGCCAAAAUCCCAAGCAGAUGAAGAAAGCCAAGGCAGAAGAGAAGGAUGACGGUGAACUCGGUCUGUACGCUCCCACACCCAGACGCUUAGCUGGACUCAAUGCUGCUGCUCUGCUGAAGCUCACAAGCUCAACGACAGGAAAGAAGCAAUGGCUAAAAAUGGACAAUAAGGGUGUUUGUGCUUCAGAGAAACAUGCCGUUCACUGCAAGCCCAAAGUUCAAAAGUCUAAAAAACAAAGCUGUAAGCAUCCUGUACUGAAAGGCGGCUUUGAAGUGUGCAAGAAUAGAAACUUAGAGUUGAAACUGAAGUAUGAAGGGUCUCCGGAAAGCCAUCGCUUAACCAAACCAGGGUACCAGUCCCGUAGUAUGCUGGGAUAUCCCCUAAAAGCCGUCAAAGAGGAACAGGUGGAGGCAGAGCUGAGUCCGUACUUUUGCUGUCCACCGGAAGGUUCGGUAGAGUACUGCCACAGGUUGGCACUCUUCCUCGGGCAAAAGGCGUAUGGCGAGACCGAGGAGCACCCCGUGACCUCGGUUAAACAUGAAUGCCUGGUUUCUCCUCCUUCACUGGCACACCCCACCCUCACCCUGAGUGCCCAUCCAUGCCUGUGUGCAGAUCCAUGUUACUGUAGUUACUACGUCCACAUUGCUCACACUGGGCCACCAGCAGCCAGUUUGAGCUCACAACCACUACCCUGCGCACACAGUCCCUUUUGCCCUCGCGGGGUUUCUGGAUCCAAGCUGCUGCCCCCCUCGGUAUCACAUGCCUCAGGUAUCCCACACCACGCCUUCUGUAACUCAGUAGGGUCACCCUGCUACCGCGAGGCCUGUACGGUAAACCGGUACACCUUUAGCACCAUGCAGCCGGUCACCAGCAGGGUGUGCCCUUUCUCCAUGAACUGCUCCAACUGCAGCCAUCCAAUCAAAACAGAAGGCUACACCUCAUCUCAAGAAGAACACAGUCGCACAUUACUCGUUCCUCCAGCUUUGCCUCUAUCUCGCCCCCGUGUGCCCAGAGCAAACCCGUCCUCAUCGGCUUUGCCACGUCUUCUUAACACGCUGUCAGACCACACACAGGCAGAAGUCCGGCUUAAGGUGGCUAAAGAAUGCCCUCAAAACACCAAACCACCCAAUGGCUCGCUCGCUAUGGGCCACACAAAACUAUCCCAGAAACAACCAACCACCAGUCCGGCAAGUGCCAAACAGAAGAAGGUGAGCCGUCGCCGGGUCACAAACGGAUGGCAACCUGUUGGAGUGCCCACGGAGAAGGAGGUCUUUAUUGCGGGCGAUGAUGAGACGGUACUGCGACAGUGUUAUGAAGGAGUCGAGCGAGAUGGUGACGUGAUCAGGGUUCGUGACACAGUGCUCUUACGAUCUGGACCCCGCAAGAAAUCCCUGCCGUAUGUGGCCAAGAUUUCAGCUCUGUGGGAAGAUCCCAGAUCAGGAGAGCUCAUGAUGAGUUUAUUCUGGUAUUAUCGACCCGAACACACGCAAGGAGGCCGAGAUCCCAGCAUGCACUGUGAGAAUGAGAUCUUCGCCUCUCGACAUCAAGAUGAAAACAGCGUGGCUUGCAUUGAAGACAGAUGUUACGUUCUGCCAUUAGCACAGUACUGUAGAUUUUGUGCCUUGGUCAAGCGGCGAUCGGAGGGCAUAUGCGACAGCACCCCGGUGGUGCCCACCCCUUCAGACAGCGGCAUCCCUCCUCACCGCCUCGUGCCCGAUGACGUCGACCCUGAGCUGGUGUAUCUGUGCCGACACGUCUACGACUUCCGAUACGGCCGUAUCCUGAAGAAUCUGCAGUAAAACUGCCACACCACCGUAAGUCUGUAUCGCACACUGAAAGGGACCCAGUGAGAGGACAAUCCUACAUGAGGUCCAACGAAACACCCGAUUCAGAGGUAUGUGGGAUCAUUAUACGGACAGAACAUGUUGAUCGACUUUACUGGGCGAGAAGUUGACAAUCUGUCCUAACCCUAACUGCCAAUGCAAGGACUUCCCAUUUAACACAAAAGAAUAAGAGUUCAUUUCUUCAGAGACUCAUUGAAAGUUCGCUCUGUGUAUCAGUUCGCUGAAGGUUCAAAGGUCAUGUACACUGGACUGUCACACUGCUGAAGGCCAAUGAUCAAAGAUCUGAGGGAUCUGAAACUAUGAAGCAGAAGUUGCUGAGUUAAAAUAUCUCCAUUAGUUUGGAAACAGAGUUAGAGUGAAGAAUCGACCAGUACCAGACCCCCUAAAACCCAAACCUGUCAGUCCAAGAAUACAGGAUAUUGCAGCUGACCUGUGAUUCUGUGAAUUAUCACCUUUAACAUGUUGGAAAUAGACUAUGGUGUUUACGAGACCAGAAGCCGAGAUCUGGAUGCGAUCAAGACUGAAAGUUUUAAGACCCAGAACAAAACACUGAGGCCUCCCUUUACACCUGGCAUUAAUAUGCAUAUACAGAAAGUACCAGCAUGGGCGGCGCUAGGGGUGGGCUACUAGGGGCUUAAGCCCUGAAUGUUUUUAAUCUAAAGUUGAUACUAAUAUACAUAUAUUUAUACUAUUAAGUAAUACGAAUAUAAGUUAAUGAUUCCAGGUCUGUCUACAUAGUAUCGAUAAUACCAAAUACUGACUUAGUUCAGUACACACGUGCGCUGUCAUUGUUGGGCGGCUGCUUUCCAACACUCGUGUGUUUGUGCGCGCAUGCAAGAAGAGCGCUCGUGACUCGCGAUUGUCUGGACAUUUGAAAAAUUAUUUUAUUAAAGGAAUAUUCCGGGUUCAAGCUCAGUCAGCAGCAUUUGUGUCAUAAUGUUGAUUACCACAUAAAUUAAUUUCGACUCGUCCCUCCUUUUCUUUAAAUGUGUGUUCCAGAGAGACACUUACAAUGGAAGUCAAUGGGGUCAAUAAUCUGUAAACGUUAAAAUACUCAAAAGUAUAGAAACAAGACAUAAAUAAUGGCUGUGUCUCGUUUGGAUGGAUGCGUCCUCCGGAGGUCGCAUUUGUCAGCCGCAUACGUCUCGUUUCAGAAAAGCGGGUAGGACACUUCGAAUGCAGCCUUCAAAUGCGACCUUCUCUCACGGGAAUUCGGAGGAUGCAUGAGGUGUAUCCUUUGUGGAGACUCACAAUACUUUGCUUCAAUUUGCCCGUAAAUAUGACGUUCAAACGCAAGGAAUGUUAAUUCCCAAGUUGAAGUACUUCAGUAGUUGGGUGCAGAGUAUAUAAUAUGUAUAGUUAUAUGAAUAUAUAAUUAAAAUAAAGUAUUAGACUAAUAGUACACCUGUAAAAUCUAUUUUAUUUUCUCUUUACAUCAUUAUAACUCUCCUAAAAUGUACCUCAUACAUUCCCUUCUAAAGGGACUUUGUCACCUUCUCACUCAAAGCGCUCGCGCUUGUUAAAGAGUGGCGUGCUGUCAUAGCAACCAUGUUACGUUCCGUUUCUGUUUGUCCUACGAAGGCCGUCUCGUUUAAACGAGGCUUGUUUAAAGGAGGACACUCGGUAUACUGCAGCCUUCAAAGGACGCGUCUUAGCUAGCAUGCAGCCUUCCAAACGAGACACAGCCAACAUGUGUGUUAACAUGAUUUUAGUGUGAUAAAAUCACUUACUAACCACAUCUGUGGAAAGUUAUAGACAAUUUUAUAACUUCAUUGCCCUUAAACCCUAAUAUGACUGUAAAUAUGAUGAUUUAAACAACUUUACAGCUCAAAUAAUACAUGAGUUUUAACAGAAUUAAUGUAAGUGCUUUUAUAAAAGUCUUUAAACCCUCCAAAAAUUGGCCCCAUUGACUUCCAUUGUAAGUGUCUCACUGGAACACACAUUUAAAGAAAAGGAGG